AUCACCAUGGAGCUCAACAGCUGGGUCAUUUUUGUUUGGCUUUUCACUUUUGGAUGUAUUGUUUGUUAUGACCAUGAUCAUGACUACGGUGGAAUACCAUUGUCCUUUGACCAUUUGGCUGGGGAGCCCAGUGUCUACUCACUCAAAGACAGGAGCUACUCUAGUUGGUACAGACGAACAGGAAGUGAUGACUGCCCAUUAGAGUGUGACUGCCCUGUCCACUGGCCCACUGCAGUAUACUGUGACCAUAAUAAGUUAAAAGAGAUGCCAAGGAAACUGCCACCAAGAACUGUUUAUCUAUAUCUUCAGAACAACCAAAUUAAGCAUCUUCCUCAGAAUGUCUUUAGCAAUGCCACUCGGAUUCAUUGGUUGAUUCUAGAUAAGAAUGAAAUUGCCAAUGAUGGCAUAAGUGUGAAUGUUUUCUCUGGCAUAAGGCUUAUAGGUCUGCUAAUGAAUAAUAAUAAAUUGACAGAAAUUCCCAUAGGCUUACCUAAGAGCCUGAAACAGCUAAGACUAUCUUAUAACCAAAUUGAGAAAAUCUCCGAUGAAUCACUUGCAAACUUCACAAACUUGCAGAUGUUGCUUCUCCAGGGCAACAGGCUACAGGCUAUUGAAAAUGGGCGAUUAAGUGGUCUGAUAUCCAUAAUUCACCUGGAUCUUAGCCAUAAUCAACUCUCUGCUUUUCCUCAAGGCCUCCCGUCUUCUAUCCAAAUGUUGUAUCUCUCAAAUAAUUCUCUGAGAUCUCUCCCAUCCAAAUCUUUUAACCAUUUUGACAAACUGAGAUACCUGAGGAUUGCCCAUAACAAGCUAACAAGUCUAAAGCUACCACCAGCUAUCUUCAAUGUGACUUCUCUUGUUGAGCUCGAUCUUUCCUACAAUGAACUCACCUCUAUUCCAGAAGUACAUCGAAACUUACAGUACCUAUACCUUGAAGCCAAUCUGAUUAAAGCAUUUAAUAUCACAAGCUUCUGUAGAAGAAUAUCUUCAAUUGAAUACUCAAGAAUUCAGAUCUUGCGCUUGGAUGGAAACAAGAUGACCUACAGUGACCUUCCCUCUGACUGGGGACUCUGUCUCAGGAUUCUGAGGCACAUCUAUAUUUAGCCGGUACAAAAUAAACUGCAUGCCCCUUCUAAAGCCCAUGUCACCAGCUCCUCUAAUUUAAUGUGCUUACUAAAUGGCUGCUGGAUCUCUUGCAUCUUGGUUUGCUUUAUAUUUUUAUUACAUUACAAAAAAGAGAAAAUAUUACCUCAGUUGCAUUUGCAGAGGGUGCACCCAUCAAGAACUAAGUGAACAUAGCUAUAUAUGGUUCAAAAAGAAUAGAUGGAUUGGUCCCAAUACAUACUUCACAGAACCUCAUGAUAUCUUGGAAUUCUUACUUAUUUGAAGCUACACUCCACCAUUUUAUUAAUAUCCAUGUUCAUGAUGAAUUGCCUCAUCUCAAUACCUGAUAAGUAUCACAGCUACUUGAGAUACUUGUUCAUGAGAACACUGACCCAACUGACCACUUCUCUUAGAUAGCUUAGCCUAUUAAGUGAGCAAGUCUCACAUCAGCUCUCUUCCCCGAACCCCAUUCUCUAACUAAAUGCUUGUACUAACUCACCUUAUGGCUUUCUCUGUCCUACUGCUAUACACACAUCCUCAUAAAGUGAAACAAAUACAUCAGCCUUACCCAUAAACAUUAAGCAGUUCCAAUACCCUGUAGCAAAUUAUUCCUGGGUUUUCUGUCACCUCCAUCAACAUUAGCUACUAAAAAAGUAACUGUAUUGUGGACAUGACAGCUAUAUAAUAUCUGCUACAUCCUCAUCUGAAAAUUACCUAGAAUCCCUUCAGUGUAGACAUACAUCAUCACUUCUGUCAAUUAAUUUCAUUUCUGUACCCAAAGGUCCAUAUGAACUUUCUCCCUAGAACAAUAUACCCCCCCAAAAAAAAAUGUAUAUAGUUCUUUUACCACUCUUAGCCAAGAUAUACACCCAGUCUCUUGUCAUAUUACUAACAUGACAUUAUAUUCUCAUAGCAGGAGAGAAGGGUCCCAACAAAAAUUAAUUUAUUUAUACAGAGGUAUAUGGACACAUUGCUUUUAAAAGACAGAUUCCCACACUUAUAAGCCUUCUCCAGUUAAGCUGUUACAGUUCCUUCCAUAAUCUUGGCAUCCAUAUUAUAGAGUUGAAUAGGGAAAUCAUUUUCCAAUCCCCCCACACCUCCUUUCCCUAAGGGAAUUACUACUAUUGUUCCCUGCAUUAUAUGUAAAGGAUGCCUUUAUAGCAUCUCUCUUACAGAUUUUAUUGUAUUUGUGACUUCUAACUCAAUUUUAUCAAAGGUGCAUAUAUAUGUAGAAAAAAAACAUCUGGCUACACAUCUUUGACUUCUUUAAGGAACCUGAUUGUAGUAAUACAUCUGCCAUAUUGUUUUCUUGAAAUAUUUCAAAAUCAGUAUCACUCACCACUUUGCCUUUACAAUGUUUUCCCUAGUUUCAGUAUCUUCCAAUACACCCCUUUUGUAUAACUUCCCAUAAAGCAUGGCAAAUCCAUGCCUUAUUCUCUUACUUGAUGCUCUCACUGCCUGUCAGCCAAUUUAUGUGCCCUUACUCGAGUAACAUUCUACACAACAAUAUCACCCUUAUCCCACCGUAUCACGUCUCUCCACCCUACUUUUGUCUCCAUUUUGCAAUCCCUCACAUUCCUAAUCUUUUA